CAGGCUCACCCCAAGCAAGCCCGAAUAACCUCCGAUUUGUGUUCGCUGACCCUCAUCACGAUAUUUUCGAACAAUUACUAGAGAACGAUAAAUUUACCGGCGAAAUCCGACAUCAUGGCCCCGCACAAGCUGUCAGAUGAGGAAGUUUCCCAGUACAAGGAGGUUUUCCAGAUCUUUGACAAGGAUGGCACUGGCGAUAUCACUGCCGAUGAACUUGGUGAAGUCAUGCGCGAGCUCGGCCUAAACCCCAGCGAGGCCGAGCUGCAUGAUCUCGUCAACGAGGCCGACCUAAACAGCGAUGGGGUCAUCUCUUUCGAGGAAUUCCUUGCCCUCAUGUCUCAAUCGGUUAAGGAGCUGGACACGGAGCAGGAACUCCUCAACGCCUUCAAGGUCUUCGACAAGGACGGUAGCGGUACUAUCUCGAGCGAUGAGCUGCGUAACGUGCUCAAGUCCCUCGGGGAGAACCUGACCGACGAGGAGGUCGACGAGAUGAUUAAGCUGGCCGACCGUAACGGCGACGGCUCCAUUGACUACCACGAGUUCGCCAAUAUCAUGAAAUGAGAGCUGCGUGAUGUAUUGGUAGGAGGAUACGGAAAUAUGAACGGUUCAAAGCUCCGAUAUUAGCGUUGGGUCAGCCCGCUUCAAGCCCUAUUCUUCCUUUUUUGUUCUUCGUUCAACUUCCUUACUCGAUUUUGACAACCUGGUAGUUGAAGUUGCAGAUACCCCCAACAUCCUGCAUCUGAUCCGUGACUGACUUCU